GUGAAUUAUUUUGAAACUAAUUUGAGGUAUAACACUCGAUAAUGUAAUUCGUCACGUGAUUGUCUUAACGUGACAAUCGGCCACGAUCAAAGACAGCGUCCAUGGUAGACUAUCGUGAUGAUAUUGAGUAAUUUCGGUCAGCAGACAGGUAUAUAUGCGACCAUAGAUCAGUCGUACUGUACACCAGAUCUUACAGACCUCGGACAGACAAUGAACUCCACCUUCGCUUUGGUUUUUGUAGGCCUCUUGGCGGCUGUUGUGUACAGCGAGAUUUGCAAGAGCAAGACUGAUUGUGCAGACACUACUUGUCAAAGCGGUAUGAUCGAAUGUGUCGCGAUCUCUGGUAACCACUUGUGCACGUGCAUUCACGGCGAUAUGGACAAAAUUAAUUGUACUGCCAGGGCUGAUUGUCAGAUGGACUCUGUUUCCAUGGACUGUGAUCAAAGUCUAAGACACUGUUACGACGAGACCUGUCGCUGUGAGGGCCAUGGACACAACCAUGGAAUGUUUACCCAUCCACCUCAUCCUACCCAUCCUCCCCAUGGCGGAGCUCAUUAGAGGACAAAUACUCGCUUGAUGAUCCUUUGACUUGUUACCUGCCUAUUAAGCGCAGUUCGGUACCAAUUGCCACAUUAUUUUCCCUGUUACACUGUUAUGAAUUGAAAUUAAAAUGUAUUCAUUCAUAAAUUGUCGUUUAUCUACCUUUAUACUUAACAUGAGUCAUAUAAUCCUCCCACACCGAAAAGCAGUACUAGUUCUAAUUGUACUGAUUUGAAAGCCUCCUCUACAAGGUGAGACAGGUGAUGGCUUAUUCAUAAAAGGCCCUUAACCAUGGAUAAUAACUUAAGUUCUCUUUUGAGUUGGCAAGAUAUCAACAACCACAAUUUCUCUUCUAUUAUUUUAGUGUUAUCGUCGAAAAUAGUUGGAUUAAUGAAUCAGUGAGGGGUCAGAAUUAGUAGGACAAUUCAUUGACCAGUGAAGAAAAGAUCACCAGGGCGACACCAACUAAUCAGUAAUUAAUGGUUUGAUGAACUAGUUUGUUUUUAGAAUAAUCGGCGAAAAUAGUUGGAACAAUGAAGAAUGAAUCAGUGAAUAAAGUUUAAAAUGGUGAUAGAGCUGUUAAUCAUAGAACUGAACAAAACAAACUGGUAGAACGAGGUCAAGGUCAACAGAGGUAUAUCCCUCCUAAAGGUUAUGUCAAAAAGGGAAAAAGUACAUGUGAUUGACACAUACAUAGAUUGAAUAUUAAAAGUGGUCAUACAGACAUGGUGGACGCGAGCAGUUCAGGAAAGAAUGACGAAUGGUUAGUGAAACUGAAAAUCAAAGUAGUUAGAUUUAAGAUAGACAAUGGGGCAUAGUAUACAAUCUUGCAUAGCCACAGAUGCAAAUGAAAAUGGAAAAUGUCAAAAAAGGAAAUACAAGAUGUUGGUAGGUUAGUGGUACAGCGUAAAUAUA